AUGGCGACGUGCAUGUUGUCGUCAAAGAUGUCGCCCUUGGUUUCACCCAUCAUUAGAUUUCUACUGAAAGAGCAGUACCAUUCCUCGACAACGAUAUGUAACGGUGUGACUAACAUUUCCAGACGAGGUGAGAAUAUUAUUUUGGUGAGGGAAGAACUACAUUGACUGCUGUGUGUUGUUCAAAAUGAGUACUGACAGUUAGUUAGCAUAGCUAGCUAACGUUAGCUUCUCUAAACCCUAGUGUCAGCUGUCAAACUUAAUUUCAUUCCUGACCUGUCUAGUCAGACUAGAUGGCUAAUUAACUAGCAACCUAGGCAUCAAUCAGCCAUUAUUAUAACGAUAUUUUUAGCUAACUACUUACAUUGUUACGGUGCUGACACAACUUACCUUUAGAGACGAGGGAAUAUCGAAUCGCUGACUGAACCUUUGCUUUGGACAGUUUGCUCGCUAAAUGGAUAACGUUACGUUUCUGCUCUUCUUAGCACGUUAACCGAUAACCGCCACAGGGGGUCUAGCUAACUAUGUUACUAGCUACCACAGCUUCAGGAUGUAACGAUAAUUCCGAUUCCGUUAUCUUUUCUACUGCUCAGGCUUCUCGACGGAUGCUCUCCCCCAGCCGGCUGCAGAAGACAGCAAUGCUGCCGCAGCGUACAGCGGCCCACUGGAGCACUACAACAGUCUGGUCAGGGACGGGUCGCUGCGAGAGGACCCGCAUCAAAAAUCCGUGGUUCAGACCUUGGAUAAAAUGCACAAAACCAUACGAGGUUACAACAACCAGCCUACGUCCCUCUUCUCGACGGUAAUCUGAUUUCUAUGCAUGCUCUUACUGAUGUCAAUAAUACAUUAUUUGAUUUUAGACACUGGUGUCAAAACACAUUAAAUAAGGUAUAGACUCUAACCUAUAGUUAACCCUAUAUUCACACAGACUCACAAUACAUUGAACACUGACUCUUUUAUUUUACAGUUUUUCUCGAAGCCAAAGCCCCCAAAAGGGUACUACAUCUAUGGAGAUGUUGGUAAGUAGUAGCUGUAUAAUAUCUAUCUUUGUGCUGCCACUUUAGUAUUACAUUUAUGAUAUUUCCCUUUUUGACUACAUUGCACAUUUGGAACAAUUCAUUAUCAUUCAGUCUUUCUCUGUUUUAUUUCUAGGUACAGGGAAAACAAUGGUUAUGGACAUGUUCUACUCACACGUGGAGACAGAGAAGAAAAAGAGGGUCCAUUUCCACGGCUUCAUGUUAGAUGUACAUAAUAGUAGGUUAAGUUAUGUGUCGCUAAAUGACGAUUGACUUGACGGUUGAUCAUACUUAAUGUCAAUAAUGAGUUGAGAAAUACAGUUGAAGUCGGAAGUUUACAUACACUUGGGUUGGAGUCAUUAAAACUCGUUUUUCAACCACUCCACAAAUUUCUUGUUAACAAACUAUAGUUUUGGCAAGUCGGUUUGGACAUCUACUUUGUGCAUGACACAAGUAAUUUUUCCAACAAUUGUUUACAGACAGAUUAUUUCAGUUAUAAUUCACUGUAUCACAAUUCCAGUGGGUCAGAAGUUUACAUACACUAAGUUCACUGUGCCUUUUAAACAGCUUGGAAAAUUCCAUGAUGUCAUGGCUUUAGAAGUUUCUGAUAGGCUAAUUGACAUCAUUUGAGUCAAUUGGAGGUGUACCUGUAUUUCAAGGCCUAACGUCAAACUCCGUGCCUCUUUGCUUGACAUCAUGGGGAAAUCAAAAGAAAUCAGCCAAGACCUCAGAAAAAAAAUUGUAGACCUCAACAAGUCUGGUUCAUCCUUGGGAGCAAUUUCCAAACGCCUGAAGGUACCACGUUCAUCUGUACAAACAAUAGUACGCAAGUAUAAACACCAUGGGACCACGCAGCCGUCAUACCGCUCAGGAAGGAGACGCGUUCUGUCUCCUAGAGAUGAACAUACUUUGGUGCGAAAAGUGCAAAUCAAUCCCAGAACAACAGCAAAGGACCUUGUGGAGAUGCUGGAGGAAACAGGUACAAAAGUAUCUAUAUCCACAGUAAAACAAGUCCUAUAUCGACAUAACCUGAAAGGCAGCUCAGCAAGGAAGAAGCCACUGCUCCAAAACCGCCAUAUAAAAAGCCAGACUACGGUUUGCAUCUGUACAUGGGGACAAAGAUCGUACUUUUUGGAGAAAUGUCCUCUGGUCUGACGAAACAAAAAUAUAACUGUUUGGCCAUAAUGACCAUCGUUAUGUUUGGAGGAAAAAGAGGGAGCUUGCAAGCCGAAGAACACCAUCCCAACCAUGAAGCACGGGGUGGCAGCAUCAUGCUGUGGCGGUGCUUUGCUGCAGGAGGGACUGGUGCACUUCACAAAAUAGAUGGCAUCAUGAAGGAAAAUUAUUACAUUUACAUUUUAGCAGACGCUCUUAUCCAGAGCGACUUACAGUUAGUGAAUACAUUUUAUUUUUUUAUACUGGCCCCCCGUGGGAAUCGAACCCACAACCCUGGCGUUGCAAACGCCAUGCUCUAUCAACUGAGCUACAUCCCUGCCUGCCAUUCCCUCCCCUACCCUGGGCCAAUUGUGCGCCGCCCAUGAGUCUCCCGGUCGCGGCCGGCUGCGACAGAGCCUGGAUUCGAACCAGGAUCUCUAGUGGCACAGUUAGCACUGCGAAGCAGUGCCUUAGACCACUGCGCCACUCAGGAGACACAGGUUUACACAAAAUUAUGUGGAUAUAUUGAAGCAACAUCUCAAGACAUCAGCCAGGAAGUUAAAGCUUGGUCGCAAAUGGGUCUUCCAAAUGGACAAUGACCCCAAGCGUACUUCCAAAGUUGUGCCAAAAUGGUUUAAGGACAACAAAGUCAAGGUAUUGGAGUGGCCAUCACAAAGCCCUGACCUCAAUCCUAUACAACAUUUGUGGGCAGAACUGAAAAAGCGUAUGCGAGCAAGGAGGCCUAGAAACCUGACUGUUACACCAGCUCUGUCAGGAGGAAUGGGCCAAAAGUCACCCAACUUAUUGUGGGAAGCUUGUGGAAGGCUACCCGAAACGUUUGACCCAAGUUAAACUAUUUAAAGGCAAUGCUACCAAAUACUAAUUGAGUGUAUGUAAACUUCUGACCCACUGGGAAUGUGAUGAAAGAAAUAAAAGCUGAAAUAAAUAAUUCUCUCUACUAUUAUUCUGACAUUUCACAUUCUUAAAAUAAAGUGGUGAUCCUAACUGACCUAAGACAGGGAAUUUUUUACAAGGAUUAAAUGUCAGGAAUUGUGAAAAACUGAGUUUAAAAUGUAUUUGGCUAAGGUGUAUGUAAACGUCCGACUUCAACUGUAGAUUCAGAUUGAUUGAUUAAUUGAACUUAAAUCUUUGAGUAGGUCCAGAGUCAACUCAAUCUUUGUUCUUUUACUUAUUGUAUUUAGGGAUACAUCGCCUUAAAAAGAGCCUGCCGAAAAGGAAAGCAGGGAGAAUGGCUAAAGUCUACGACCCAAUUGCACCAGUAGCAGAGGAGAUCAGUGAAGAGGCCUGUCUGUUGUGCUUUGAUGAGUUUCAGGUGAGGGCUGGGGGAUAUUCCUGUUACUGAUCACUUGUAACCACUGUUAUACCUUCAUGUUAUAAUUGUACAAAAUCACCUGAAUAGCAUUAGCUAAUGUGUGGAUGUGAUAAUGUGGAAUCCUGUUUAGCAAAACCUGUUUAGAGCUGGACUAAUAAAGUUAUAUUCUAUACACGGUUCCCAGUUUUGGAAGCAUAAAAAUAUAACAGGAUAGAACAAUAUCUGAGUGAAUUGGAUGUAAAUGUAUUCCACAGGUGACAGACAUCGCAGAUGCCAUGAUUCUGAAACAGCUCUUUGAAAACCUCUUUAAGAAUGGGGUUGUUGUAGUGGCCACGUCCAACCGGCCCCCACAGGGUAAGUAGAAUAUCACAUCACAAAACAAAUACCUUGUUGAGCUGGGUUCAGCACAAUCCAUAAAGGACAAUCUAUACUGAUCUAACCAGACCUAUUCCUCUCUUCUAGAUUUGUACAAGAACGGACUACAGAGGGUCAACUUUGUGCCAUUUAUUGCUGUGUUGAAGGUAAAUAAGAACUACAUUUCUGAUUUGUUUAUUUCGUAUAUUAGACAAAACUGUAUUCUACAAAACUGUAUUCUACUGUAUUUUAGUCAAUGCUUCUCCGACAUUGCUCAUCCUAAUAUUUAUAUUUCUUAAUUCCGUUAUUUUACUUUUAGAUUUGUGUGUAUUGUUAGAUACUACUGCACUGUUAGAGCUAGGAACACAAGCGUUUCGCUACACCCGCAAUAACAUCUGCUAAAUAUCUGUAUGUGACCAAUAAAAUUUGAUUUGAAAACAUACAGACAACGUUUGUCUUACAGUAGUCUGCCUCUCUUCUCUCAUGCAGAACUAUUGCCACGAGCUCCGCCUGGACUCUGGGAUAGACUACCGCAGAAGAAACAGACCCUCAGCUGGGAAACUGUACUUCCUGUAAGAACUGCAUGGUGCAAACCAUGGAUAUAGCCAUGAGGCAUUUCAAUACUUAAAUCACUAGGUUAUAUUUGGGUAGUAUUUAUUUUAACAUGGAACUCUUUCUCUCAAGCCUAUUGUGUUUGAUCAGUAUAGUUUCAUGUUUUAAAUGAUGUGGUUCAUCAUAUUUUGGGAUGUUACCCUUUUUCGACACAGCUCAAGUGAACCUGGUGUUGAGGCGAUACUGGACAAGAUGUUUGACGAGCUGGCCUUCAAACAGAACGACAGUAAGAUGCUCAUGUUGUCCUUGAGUGUAGAUAAAGAGGGAUCGAUGGAGCUAUCUAUAAUUAUAGGUUUAUGAUAUGAACAUAACAUUCUGUAUUAAUGGUAUACUUAAAAAUAUAUUGAGCCUCAUUGUGUUCAUCAUGUUGAGUUUAUUACUUGUAAUUGAGCUAAACCAGAUUUUCUUUUUAUAGUUACACGGCCAAGGACUCUGAAACUGCUGGCCAGGGAGGUCAGUCUUAUGAAAACCUGUGGGACCAUAGCAGACUGUACCUUCGAGGAGCUGUGUGAUAGAGUAAGUGGCCACAGCAGACUGUAUGUCCUGUGUUGCUCAGUUGGUAAGAGAGUUGUGGGUUCAAUUCCCACAGGGAUCACACAGACAUACUAAAUACAGUGAGCUCCAACAGUAUUGGGACAGUGACACAUUUGUUGUUGUUUUUGCUCUGUACUACUAUGAGGUUAAAGUGCAGACUGUCAGCUUUAAUUUGAGGGUAUUUUUAUCCAUAUCAGGUGAACCGUUUAGAAAUUACAGCACUUUUCCCCCCAGAUUAUUUUGUGCCCAAUAUAAAUUAAUGGUAAAUAAUGUAUUGUCAUUUUGGAGAGACUUUUAUUGUGAAUAAGAAUAGAAUAUGUUUCUAAACACUUCUACAUUAAUGUGGAUGCUACCAUGAUUACGGAUAGUCCUGAAUUAAUUGUGAAUAAUGAUGAGUGAGAAAGUUACAGAUCAUACCCCCCAAAAAUGCUAACCUCCCCUGUUAUUGUAAUGGUGAGAGGGUAGCAUGUCUUGGGGGUAUGAUAUUUGUGCGUCUAACUUUCUCACUCAUCAUUAUUCACAAUUAAUUCAGGACUAUCUGUAAUCAUGGUAGCAUCCACAUUAAUGUAGAAGUGUUUAGAAGCAUAUUCUAUUGUUAUUUACAAUAAAAGUGUCUCCAAAAUACUUAUGGUCCCCUAAAAUGGGGGGAGUAAAAAAAGUGCUGUAAUUUCUAAACGGUUCACCCGAUAGGGAUGAAAAUACCCCGACAUUUAAAGCUGUCAGUCUGCACUUUAACCUCCAUAGUCAUUGUAUAAUUUCAAAUCCAAAGUGCUGGAGUACAGAGCCAAAACAACAAUAAAAAAUGUCACUGUCCAAAUACCUUCGGAGCUCACUGUAUGUAUGCACUCCCUGUCCUGUAAGGUGCAUACAUGAUGUAUUUUGUGUUCUAGCCAUUGGGUGCCAGUGACUACUUGGAGAUCUCCAGGCAGUUUGAUACUGUAUUCAUCAGGAACAUUCCCCUGCUCACUAUGAACAAGAAGACUCAAGCGAGACGCUUGAUCACGCUUAUAGAUGCCUUCUAUGAUCACAAGGUAACAUUACAAACCUCUUAGUUUUAAUUUAUGUAUUAUUUAUUUGCACCUCAAAGAAACAGAAUCAACCAGUAUAAUCGUACAGGGAGGGAAAAAACGGAGGGCUUUCUUUCUAAGCUUGAGGCUGGAUCAUUUUAAUAUAGUAUAGUUUGUAAGGAAACUUUGUCUUUGCCCCAUAAAUUCUUACCUCACAUCUUCUAUUAUUGUACCUACUUCCUGAUUGUUUUUUGAGACGAUGCCUUGAUAUUAGUGUGCUUUAUUACCUGCUCAAACAAUAAGGAACACUUAAACAACAAAUACUCAGUCAUCACCUUCUUGAAACAAACGUCACUUAGGAAGCAACACGAUUGACAUCAUUCACAUGCGUUUGCAAUUGUAACAGUGAAAUUAUCAAUUACAGCACCCAUAAGGACUGGUUUUGCAGUUUUACACGCCAUUUCAGUUCUAUGUUCCUGCUGAUGUUUUGGUCACUUUGAAUCUGGCGUGUUCACUCUAAUUACUAGACGGAGUCUAAACCCCCAAGUGGCUCAGGUAGUGCAGCUCAUCCAGGAUGGCACAUCAAUGCGAGCUGUGGCAAGAAGGUUUGCUGUGUCUGUCAGCGUAGUGUUCAGAGCAUGGAGGCGCUACCAGGAGACAGGCCAGUACAUCAGGAGACGUGGAGGAGGCCGUAGGAGGGCAACAACCCAGCAGCAGGACUGCUACCUCCACCUUUGUGCAAGGAGGAGUAGGAGGAGCACUGCCAGAGCCCUGCAAAAUGACCUCCAGCAGGCCACAAAUGUGCAUUUGUCUGCUCAAACGGUCAGAAACAGACUCCAUGAGGGUGGUAUGAGGGCCCGACGUCCACAGGUGGGGGUUGUGCUUACAGCCCAACACCAUGCAGGACGUUUGGCAUUUGAGAAGAACACCAAGAUUGGCAAAUUCGCCACUGGCGCCCUGUGCUCUUCACAGAUGAAAGCAGGUUCACACUGAGCACGUGACAGACGUGACAGAGUCUGGAGAUGCCGUGGAGAACGUUCUGCUGCCUGCAACAUCCUCCAGCAUGACCGGUUUGGCGGUGGGGUCAGUCAUGGUGUGGGGUGGCAUUUCUUUGGGGGGCCGCACAGCCCUCCAUGUGCUCGCCAGAGGUAGUCUGACUGCCAUUAGGUACCGAGAUGAGAUCCUCAGACCCUUUGUGAGACCAUAUGCUGGUGCGGUUGGCCCUGGGUUCCUCCUAAUGCAAGACAAUGCUAGACCUCAUGUGGCUGGAGUGUAUCAGCGGUUUCUGCAAGAGGAAGGCAUUGAUGCUAUGGACUGGCCCGCCCGUUCCCCAGACCUGAAUCCAAUUGAGCACAUCUGGGACAUCAUGUCUCGCUCCAUCCACCAACGCCACGUUGCACCACAGACUGUUCAGGAGUUGGCGGAUGCUUUAGUCUAGGUCUGGGAGGAGAUCCCUCAGGAGACCAUCCGCCACCUCAUCAGGAGCAUGCCCAGGCGUUGUAGGGAGGUCAUACAGGCACGUGGAGGCCACACACACUACUGAGCCUCAUUUUGACUUGUUUUAAGGACAUUACAUCAAGUUGGAUCAGCCUGUAGUGUGGUUUUUCCACUUACAUUUUGAGGGUGACUCCAAAUCCAGACCUCCAUGGGUGUAUACAUUUGAUUUUCCAUUAUAAUUUUUGUGUGAUUUUGUUGUUCAGCACAUCAACUAUGUAAUGAAAAAGUAUUUAAUAAGAUUAUUUCAUUCAUUCAGAUCUAGGAUGUGUUAUUUUAGUGUUCCCUUAAUUUUUUUGAGCAGUGUAUGUACCACUGAGGUUGUUUGAUUAGCUUUGUUGUAUGCACUUGUUUUUGGUGAGUUGCUAAGAACUAGCCUGGUCCCAGACCAGGCUUGAUGAGAACUACCAGUGUCAGUAAACGUCACAUCCUUGGUCCCCCAGGUACGAGUGGUGAUUCUGGCCGAUCACCCUCUGGAUGACAUCUUUGUACACAACGGAGAUCACGAACACCACCAUCAUGAACUCAUGGAUGACCUCAACCUAAAAAAGGUACGAAUUGCAACCAGACACUUUUUUUUCUUGAUCUCUAACUUAGGUAGAGAGUGUAUGACCUACAAUAUACCGAGUGUACAAAAUAUUAGGAACACUUUCCUAAUAUUGAGUUGCACCCCCUUUUGCCCUCAGAACAGCCUCAAUUCAUUGGGGCAAGUUGUCGAAAGCCUUCGACAGGGAUGCUGGCCCAUGUUGAUUCCAAUGCAUCCCACAGUUGUCAAGUUGGCUGGAGGUCCUUUGGGUGGUGGACCAUUCUUGAUACACACAGGAAACUGUUGAGCGUGAAAAACCCAGCAGCGUUGCAAUUCUUGACACACUCAAACCAGUGCGCCGGGCACCUACUACCAUACCCCGUUCAAAGGCACUUAAAUAUUUUGUCUUGCCCAUUCACCCUCUGAAUGGCACACAUAGACAGUCCAUGUCACGAUUGUCCCAAGGCUUAAUAAUCCUUCUUUAACCAGUCUUCUCCCCUUCAUAUACACCAGGGGUCUCCCAACAGGUUGAUCGCAACCCACCUUUGAGUAGCUCGCCAAGUAAUUCUGAAAGUACAUGCGAUUUUCAAGUGCUCCACCGCAAACUGUCAUUAACAAAUCUCACAAGUAUCAGACACCGCAAGCGCCCAGCUACUAUCUAAUCAACGCAACAUUGACAUUGUCCCACCCCUGGUUAGCCACAAUUGGCUUGAAAAGCCAAACCUAACACUAUCUGUCAAUUAAUUUCCAACAAUAUUGCGCCUGUCUGUGUGGUGCGUGCGUUGGUCUAUCACUCCGUGUGUAGCCAGUUGAUUUGAUAACUGUCUUGUAGGUUGACAGAAAUACUUUCCCCAAAACCUUCUCGAUUAAAUGUUAACUGCAAAGUAGGCUUACCUGGCAGUAAUAUGUCACGAUUACGUAUAUCAUUUGUAUCUAUUAUUUGUUAUUUGCAAACUUUCCCAUGAAAUGAGCAGCAGCAGUACAGAACCAUCACUAGACCGGCACAUUAGAAGGGACAUUCUUUACUCACUAGAUGCACAAUUAAAGGGCCAGAUGCGCAAUUAAAGGGGAAUUCCUUCCAGCCUUCCAGAAAGAAGAAAACGUUGUCUUCUGAUGUGAUUUAAGCAUUGACAUGGACUCAGAACAUCCCAUUUUGUUGUUUCUCUAUGAACAAUUGUAAUUUUGAGAGUGAAAGACAAAAAAAAUCUAAAACCAGAAAAAAUACAACUGAGAACAUAAUUUGGGAAAAUAUAAAACAGAAUUUGGGGAAAGAAAUCACAGAUUUUAUAGGGCCCCCUUAGAGUUAUUAACCAUUAUUUUACCAGGUAUAUUGACAGUGCAUAGUGCACCACUUUCUCUUGUACACUAAAGACCCAGGGGAGAGGAGAAGAGAAGAAUGUCUAUUUUAAAGCUAGAAAAGUAGCUUUCAACAUGUUUUAUUUUUUAAAAGUAGUUCUCAUGCUAGAAAUGGUUGUAGACCCCUGAUCUACACUGAUUGAAGUGGAUUUAACAAGGGACAUCAAUAAGGGAUCAUAGCUGUCACCUGGAUUCAACUGGUCAGUCUGUCAUGCAAAGAGCAGAUGUUCCUAAUGUUUUGUACACUCUAUGACCUUCUGUUUGACUUCUCGGCUUCUCUCCAAUACUGCCGAUUUUCACAGAGAUGAUUGUUUACAAAUGUUUUGUUCUCAGACUUUAGGAAAACACCCCAAAAUACCAAACACUCUUACUAAUGGUGUUUUUCUAUUGAAUGCAUUUACACCCUCCUGUGUUGUUCCUGGAUCAGGAUGCAGCCAGUGAGUUGUCUAUCUUCAGUGGAGCAGAGGAGAUCUUUGCCUUCCAGAGGACAGUGUCUCGCCUCACUGAGAUGCAGACUGAAGAGUACUGGCUGGAAGGGGACAGGAGCACCAUCACCACGUAG